AUGACGGGCCUUUCCGAUGUGCUGCCCGCGCUCGCGCGCGAACCUUCGUCCAACUUCUCUAUUCAGAAACGAAAGAAGUACGUUGUUGAUGAGUACGCUGAUCCGGAGAAGGUCGAAGUCACGGAGGUCGUCGACGAAGAUGACGGCGACAUCGUUAACGCUAAGGUCAUCGAGAAGGCAGAAGAUGUCGCGAUUGAGAUCUUAUCGACUGAAGAUCACCCGGAACUACCUACGUGGACCUUCCGCACUGUGUUCCUCGGCAUCGGACUAAGUAUCUUUGGUGCUGUUCUCGCAACGAUCUACACAUUCAAGCCUCAGAAUGCUUCGGUUUCUCAGCUCUUCUGCCUCAUCAUCGCAUAUGUUCUUGGGACACUCAUGCAUGCUAUCAUCCCGUCCCAUGGCUACUGGAGGUUCUUGAACCCCGGUCCCUUCAACAUCAAGGAACAUGCCGCGAUUGUGAUCAUGGCAUCGACUGCGUCCACAGUGGCUAUUGCAAUGGAGAUUAUCGCUGCGCUCAAUCUAUUCUACGAUAUCCGCCUCAACGCAGCGGUCGCCAUCUUCCAGAUCUUUGCGAGCCAGAUGAUUGGGUACGGAAUUGCUGGAGUGUUACGAUCUUUGCUCGUAUACCCCACAUACGCAUUCUAUCCGACGUACAUUUCUGUCGUGAAUCUGCUUCAGAGCCUUCACUAUGGGAAUGCUUUGAAUCAAAAGAGGAGAAAAUACUUCUGGGUUGUGUUCACAUUGAUUUUCUUCUGGGAGUGGAUCCCGCAGUAUUCCUUCCCCUUACUCACGGCCAUUUCUAUCAUUUGCAUCGCGGACAACGGUCGGCACGACUGGAUUCGUAACCUCUUUGGAGCGGGCUCGAGUAACGAGGGCAUCGGACUGCUGAGCUUCAGCACCAGCUGGACGCUCAUCACACAAGGAUAUCCGCUUGUGUGGCCUUGGCAGACCCUCGGCAUGGCCAUCGGCUACGUUGUCCUCAUGGUCUGCUACUACAAGAACGUAUUCAACGGGCGAAACACGGACUGGAUGUCGACCUCGCUCUUCUUUCCGAACGGAACGAGCUACAAUCAGAGCUUGAUCCUCAACGCGGACAACAGCCUCAAUGUGACGAAGCUCGAUGAGGUCGGCCUGCCGCAGUUUACGACGACGUAUGCGCUCAGCCAGAUGUGCUACAACUUCAGCUUCGGCGCGGCAUUCGUGCAUGUGAUACUAUGGCACUGGAAGGAUCUGAAGAAAGCGUGCCGCGAGGUUAAGUUCUGGCGAGGCUCGGAGGAGGUUGACGACCCUCACUACCGAGAGAUGAAGAAGUACAAGGAAGUCCCGCAGUGGUGGUACCUUACCCUGUUCGCGAUUUCCCUUGGUGUCGGCAUUGGAUGCAGUUACACGACGGGAGAGGCUCUCCUGCCGUGGUGGAGUAUCCUUCUGUUCACCGUAAUCAGCUUCUUCUUAGCUGUCGCCCUCGGGUUCAUCAUGGCGACAACUGGCUUCAGCAUUUCCGUUAAGUACGCCAUCCAGAUCUUGGCCGCGUUCAUCCACCCAGGGAAGCCUGUCGCUGUGAUGUAUGUCAAUUUGUAUGGCAACAGCACUGCUUUUCAAACGCUGUACAUGUUGCAAGACCUGAAAUUGGGUCAGUACACAAAAAUCCCUCCUCGUGCGACCUUUGCCGCGCAGCUGGUUGGCUCGAUUGUCGGCUCUAUCUUCAAUUACACCAUGAUGAUCCAGAUCGUUGACAAUAACAGAGAGGUGCUCAAGAAUCCCGUAGGAACGCGGAUCUGGUCUGGAUGGAACGUUCAGAGCUACAAUUCCGCGUCCAUCGCUAUGGGUGCUCUCGGCAAGUACCUAUUUACGUACGGCAAGAUGUAUUACAUGCUGGCGUUUGCGAUCUUCAUUGGUCUUGCGCUGCCAAUUCCGUUCUGGGUGCUGUACCGGUAUACGAAGCCUGGUUCCUUCCUGAACAGGUUUGCCGCAUAUAUCAACCUGCCCAUCAUCGCUCUGUAUGUCGGCUACCUGCCAUACUCAGUGAACGGACAGUGGUGGUCGUGCCUUGUCCUGGGCGCUGUGUCGCAAUGGUGGGCACGCACUCGCCGCCCGAAGUGGUUCAAGAAGUAUAACUACUUGACAUCUGCUGCCUUGGAUGGCGGGGCGCAAGUCAUUAUAUUCAUUCUGAGCUUUGCUGUCUUCGGCGCCAGCGGCAACGAGGUCGAUUUCCCCUACUGGUGGGGCAAUCCAGAAACCCUGUCAGUAGACAGAUGUGCUGCUACGUCAUAG